GUGAAACGCCUUCUCCAAGAAGAGAGUUCGGGUUAGUGCAGUCCGUACUGUCGCCCGCUCGGAGAUUCCGCCACGUGGGACGGCAGUCCGAGCAGCGAGCGAGCUCAGCAGUUUCCGCUGAAGGCUGCAGCUCUGCGCCCGUUGCCUUCUGGCGCCGGCGCUGCUGCAAUCACCUGUUCAAAUCGUCGAUACUUCGGCGAUGCCAUUCUUCGUGCUGCUAGCGCGACCGAUCGAUCGAUCGAUCGAACUUUCGGCUCACAGCGUCGUGAUGUUGGCGGCGAGCAGUCCGCGGAGCUUCUGUUUCUUUGAGGUUUUCGCCGUCGUCUGAAUCAAGAAUUUUUGAAGUUGUUUUCAGUGAGUGAACCUCUUUGCUCGUGAGAUGAGAUUUUUCAAGCGAAACCAAACCGCAAUGAUCAGCUAUAAUUUGAGGUGAUCGGAGAGAAGAUUUUCGGUGAAGUUAUGUGACACAAAUCCUGAUGUUGCUUCCAUAGUUUUUCAUUCAGAGUUCACAAUCACCGGUCCGCAGAAAUGUGCACGUUCCAAAAUUCGCUUGCUCUUUAGCCGAGACCCCCGCUCGUAGAGCCGGGGUCUCGGUUCUAUUCCAGCUUCGGUACAUGUAUCUUGAAAGUUGUAGCUUCUUCUGGAGAUGGAGCUACCGUCGAGAAGGGGAGAAAAGCCCUUGUCUUAGCUUGAUAAUUACAACACUAGCGUCAUUUGAACGUGAGUGCUCGGUCGUCAGACCUGUUACGCUGAAUGGAAGUAAAUUUUGUAAACUUUCGUCUCGAGGGACGAGAUGAGUUACGGAGCUAAUCGUGAAACUGAACUGGCCUCAGGAGCUCUGAGCUUAUUAGGCGAAUAUACAUCUUGCACCCGAUGCCAAAGCUCCAACAUUUCCAAAUACCAUGCAUGUGGCAGCUGAGGAAAACCAGUACGGGAAGUGGAUGGACCGGAAAGUUCCAUGAAAGAAAUAUGAAAGUUGGUAUCGAGCCGAUGGGGCUGUAGAGAGGAUAUAUAUAGACCAGGAGCCCUUCAGGCAGAAAUGUCAACAAAUUUCUCCGCUAUCAAGCCACCUUUCGUUAUACCCGAAAUUGAAGGAUGGCAAGGAUACACUGUGCUCGGAUUAAUUGGAUUUAUGUUGAUUGCGCUGGUGGCGGAACUCGCGCCUCCCUAUCUGGUUAUGAUGGGAACCCUGGUCAUUUUCUUAGCUCUUUCGAUUCUCGACGUCGAUGCUGCGUUGCAUGGAUUCGCGGACGAGGCCAUGCUGUCCGUGGCAGUUCUUUUCGUUGUAUAGAACAGUCCGGAGGUCUGGAGUAUGUCGCAUCUGUGCUGUUCAGAACUCCAGACAAAACAAAGGAACUGCUGCCUGGGUUUCGUCCAAGUAAAACCAAAGGUAGUAUUGUAUGGGUGCUUUUGAAGUUCAGCGUCCCCGUGGCCAUCUUCAGCGCUUUCCUGGCCAAUAUCCCUCUGGUAGCCAUGAUGAUCCCUCCUAUUGUGGAAUUCGGGAAGAAGGUAAACUUGCCUCCUUCGAAGAUGCUUAUGCCACUGAGCUAUGCAGCACAAUUGGGCGGCACAAUGACUCUCAUUGGUGCUAGUACGAAUCUUGUGGUUCUAUCAAUGGCAGCACAGAAGCUUCCCGACAUGAAGAUGAAUUUAUUUGAAAUUGGCAUAAUUGGUGUGCCAGUGACGAUCGCAGGAAUUUUUUACAUCCUAGCAUUCUCCGGAAAGCUACUUCCUGAUCGCAUGGCUCAGCAGGCAAGCAAUUUGAAUGCCAGGGAGUACAAUGUUGUGCUCGUCAUGAAACCAAAUUCCAGCUUGGCACGGAAGACCAUUGAAAAGUGUGGUUUAAAUCGCCUACCAGGACUUACCUUGCUCUCUGUAGACAGAGCUGGAACAGAGACAAAACUUCCUGGCCCAGACUUUGUUCUGCAGCCUGAAGAUCGCCUUCACUUUGUUGGAGUUAUCGACUCCGUGCUUCUCCUGGUACAACUCCACGGACUGGCUCUCACCGAAGAUGAGGGACAAGGUCAGGUUGAUCUUAAUCGACUCAAGACAAGCCAGUGCUUGGUCGAGGCUGUUGUUGCAUCAGAAUCACCCAUGGUUCACAAGCGCAUUGCUGAUCUUCAGUUUCGGGAGCAGCACAAAGCCUCAAUAGUAGCCAUACAUCGUUAUGGAACACGGUUGAGCAGCGCUAUUGGCGAUAUCAAAGUAGAAGCGGGAGAUUGCCUUCUAAUGGUGGCUGAUGGUCCAGAGUUUGUGAGCAAGCACAGGAACAAUUCAGCUUUUGCCCUCGUCGCUCAGCUGCCAGGAUUCAAGCCUCUCAAUAGGAAAAAGGCGGGUAUUGCUGCCGUACUUGUACUGUUCCUGGUGGUGGCUAGCGGCCUAGGAAUGAAAUUAAUCACGGCUGCCCUGUUCUCCUCAGCAGGCCUGCUGAUGACCAAAUGCCUCACUCCUCGUGAUGCGAUGGAGUCGAUUGAGCUCCCAGUGCUGAUCAUGAUCGCGGCAGCCUUCGGAAUUGCGGAAGGAAUGGUUGAAAGCGGAGCGGCUACUAUAUUGGCUAAGGGUCUCAUGGGUUUAGCUGGAACAUCUCUGUUCGGAUUAGUUGUGUGCACUUACGUCGCUACGACAUUCUUCUCUUUGGCCAUCACCAACAGUGCUGCUGUGACCAUUAUGUUUCCGGUCGCACUGGCAGCCGCAAAUCAUCAGAAACUCGACUUCCGCCCGUUCGCUUACAUCCUGAUGAUGGCGGCUUCUGCGGGGUUCAUGACACCAACUGGAUGUCCAACGAACCUGAUGGUCUAUACACCAGGAGGGUACAAAUUCUCUGACUUCUUAAAAUAUGGAGGACCUAUGCAGAUUUUGCUGCUGCUUGUGACAGUAGGCAUAACAAUGACCGCAAAGUACUGGUGGAUAUGGUGGCUUCUCAUUACUCUCAUCACGCUUAUAUCGACCCCUCUUAUCGCACGACAUAAAUCAACCAAACCAAAGCCACUAAUUGCUCCUACUACACCUGAUGUGAAGCCUACCGCACCGGACACAGAUGCAGAGAAUCCCAAAGCACCUCUGAAUCCAGGUACUGCAGACAGUUCUAAAGAUGUUUUGCGUUCUAUCCCUCCGUUAACAGAUGGUAAAACAAGUUCCACACCAGCGUCAUCAAAUCCUAUAGCAGGUUUAGCACCAGCUUCACUUCCAGGGGCCUCCGCACCCUAUACUAAAAAUGGACAGGAAGAUUUGUCGAGAAGGAUGUCGGGCUCUUCACUUGUAUCCAGCCCUCUGCUAUCAAGUUCCAGCCCAGAGCUACAUUUUGCUAUACCAGGGUCUCAAGAGCUCCCUCUCGGCAACACAGCUUCAAUUUCGUCGUCCUCAUCAACUUCCACAAGUUUCCCGAAUUUGACUUCAUUCAACGGUCCAGCCACCAUCACAGUCAAUCUGACUGAGCCAAUUUCAAAACCCGCACUGCCGAAAUCCACAGAACAAGGUUCACCUUGGAGACCAACAAUUAUUGGAACCUCCAAUCUUUCAACCCAGAAACAACCUCCAUCAAGUCUAGACAAAACAAGUCUCUCAUCUACAAUCCGAUCCGAAACACCACCAUGGAAACCUCUCACCUUGUCCGCUGAGGGAGAAUCACAUACUAAACCGUCGAUGUCUGUAUCCGAAAUGGGAUCAACUAAACCUGAAGUCCCGACAGACCAGAAAACACCUUCUCUUGUCUCUGUAUCCGAGCUUGCUCCUUCAACUCCAGAAAAGCCUUCAUCCAAAACCACUAACAAACCCACCGAAACAACACCUGGUCCUAGCUACCCAUCGCCUAUACUCUCAACUACGAGACCUGGAAUAAUGUUAAACAGAACGGCAAGCUUGCCAGUCCGAAUGUCACCAUCUCCUAGCCCUGUAUCGACGACUUUCCUUUCACCACCUGUCAAACCAAAUGCUUCCACUGUCGAGAUAAAACACUCUCCCGCGACAACACCAGUUCCAGAUUCUGGAACUCUCAGUUUGUCAAUUCAAGAACUACCUACACGAGCGCCAGUAUCUGUGCUCAUACCAGGAGCACCAACUGCUAGACACACAAGUAUACUUCCUCAAAACCCACCUCUUUCCACUUUUGGAGCCUUGUCAAUAUCCAGCAUUCCAGAACCUGAUGCAGCAACAGCUAAGCGUCCCAGUUUAAGCCCUCCAGAACCUCCUCCUAGUCCUAGCCCCGUUGCCUUGCCAGUUCCAAAUGUCCCAAGACCAGGAGCAGCAGCUGCCACGCGUCCCAGUUUGAGCCCUCAAGAACCUCCUCCUAGUCCUAGCCCAGUUGCCUUGCCAAUUCCAAAUGUCCCAGGACCAGCAGCAGCCAAGCUUCCCAGUUUGCAACCUCAAGAACCUCCUUCUCUUCCAGUUCCAGUAGCCUUGCCGAUUCCAAGCAUCCCAGGAACAGCAGCAGCCAAGCGUCCCAGUCUCCCCAUUCAAGAACCUCCUUCACUUCCAGUUCCUGUGGCCUUGCCGAUUCCAAGCAUUCCAGGACCUGGAGCAGCAGCAGCUAAGCGUCCCAGCCUGCCAACUCAAGAACCUCCACUUCCAGUUCCUGUGACCUUGCCGAUUCCAAGCAUUCCAGGACCUGGAGCAGCAGCAGCUAAGCGUCCCAGCCUGCCAACUCAAGAACCUCCACUUCCAGUUCCUGUGACCUUGCCGAUUCCGACCAUCCCAGGACCUGGAACAGCAGCAGCUAAGCGUCCCAGUCUGCCACCUCAAGAACCUCCUUCACUUCCAGUUCCUGUGAGCUUGCCGAUUCCAACCAUACCAGGACCUGGAACAGCAGCAGCUAAACGUCCCAGUCUGCCACCUCAAGAACCUCCUUCUCUUCCAGUUCCUAUGGCCUUGCCGAUUCCAACCAUCCCAGGACCUGGAGCAGCAGCCAAGCGACCCAGUUUGCCACCUCAGGAACCUCCUUCUCUUCCAGUUCCUGUGGCCUUGCCGAUUCCAAUCAUCCCAGGACCUGCAGCAGCGGCAGCCAAGCGACCCAGUUUGCCUCCUCAAGGACCUCCUUCUCUUCCAGUUCCUGUGGCCUUGCCGAUUCCAAGCAUCCCAGGACCUGGAGCAGCAACAGCCAAGCGACCCAGUUUGCCUCCUCAAGAAACUCCUCUUCCAGUUCCUGUGGGCCUGCCGAGUCCAAGCAUCCCAGGACCUGAGACAGCAGCAUCCAAGCGACCCAGUUUGCCGCCUCAAGAAACUCCUUCUCUUCCAGUUCCUGUGGCCUUGCCGAGUACAAGCAUCCCAGGACCUGAAGCAGCAGCAGCCAAGCGACCCAGUUUGCCGCCUCAAGAACCUCCUUCUCUUCCAGUUCCUGUGGCCUUGCCGACACCAAGCAUUCCAGGACCUGGGACAGCAGUAGUUAGACGCCCCAGUUUGAUCACGCCAGAUCAAACAACAACAGUAGAAGUAGCAACAGCAUUGAACCGUUUUAGCAAGACUGGAUCACUAGGUGACAUUUCUAAACCUAUCGUCAUGAGGACCUACGUACCGAAGCGACCAAGUGAUGCUCCCUUACCUACAUCGGCAGACUUGAAUCGGAAGUCUAUGAAUGGCGGUAUAAUCUCGGCUGCGAACCGUCAGUCUAUUGACAAUGUCCGAGCUGAAUGGAGAAGAUCUGUUACUCAGAGAUCAGAAUCGUCCAAGCCACUACCUCUUUUUUUCACGAGUUCAACUGCCUCGAAUCAAACAAAAGGCCUUACUUCUCAACCUUGGACAACACCCGUGCAGCCUUUACCCACACAUAGUCCAUCACAAGGAGAUGCGAAUAUGAGAAGAUCGUCCAAAUUUCUCGAGGAAGACUUGACUGGAGGAAUUUCGAGUCUUAUGAAUUCACGUAAGCUGUCUUCUAUUAGAGACACAGAUGCGUUUGCUGACAGAUGGCAAAGUACUACGACCUAAUGGACGCUAGUUUUAUAAAUGCUCUGCAAUCUGUACUUCUGCCCCUGAUGUGGAGAAUCAGGCUGCCCUUUUCUGAUUGAACAUUGAUCAACAUUUGCCCUUGUCCACCAUUCCUUGAUCAUAAACACCAUCCGCGGUGGUUACCAUUAGCAGGUAUAACGACAUGUAUUAUGCUCGUGAUCCUCUUACUUCGCUAAAUCAGGCGCUUAGCAGGGCACAUUACUUAGACGCUUCUGUUCCUCACAGAAUCCGUUCAUUACCAGUGAAGCUUGUACGAAGAGUUGUUUCUUUAGAUCACUUUUGAGUGGAAAAAAGGGGACUGUUGUCUGACAACGCGACCAGAUCCUUGGUUGGUGGUAAAAAUGCAUCAGGUGCUGCCAGCUUAAUGCCGGAUGACGUUUUAUAAUCAGCCACGUCACAAUCAGCCUAAUCAUUUCCACCUAAGAACGUAAUAGACGACAAUUCUCAAGCGUCUAGCACAUUCCUGCGACUGCUUUGAGAUGUCACGGCUCAAUGUCAAUGCCGACUAAGAGUUUCAUGACUUGCCCACUCAUGACUCACUGACAGAACGCUUUAUGGGUUAACGACUUGGACAAACAAGAUCGUGCAUUCAGUAUAAAGCUAAAAUUUUACAAAUCAUUUUGCUAGAUGUCUGUACUCAGCAGUACUGGACAUACAUAGGACUCUCGCCAUGGCUUGACGGUGGAUGUACAAAGUGAACAACGAAACGAAGUGCUUCCAUGAGGUAAUCGCAACAAUCGAAAUAUUUUAUAAUUUUC